AUGUCGGGAGGUGACUCUCUUGAAAGCAGCCUCAAGAGGGCUCGUGUGCUUGGGGCUUAUGAGAGUCACUGUGUGUCAUCGACUCGUGUGGCAUCCCGAGGGAUUGGAAACGCAGUUAAGAUGCCGUGGGAAGUAUCUUCUGCUUUUCUUGACAUGCCUGCUUUGCCUUCACCUUACGCCAAAGGUGGGAGCAUAGUGUCAAUGCCUGUGGGGCCGGCCGUCCCUGCAGGGCCGGUUAAGUCGUCUUCAGGAAAGCUUGAAUCACUCAGGCUUGCAGGAGUGAGGGUCCCGAAUGCACCGGGGCAGAGCUGGGAUCAAAAACUCUCCGAAGCAAGGGAGGCGGCUUUGGCAAAGUGGCUUGGGAUUCUUGAGAGGUUCCCCGAGGAUUUUGGUUUGACUUUGUCGAUUCGGUUAGACCGGGAAAAUGGACGAGAUGCCGACUUGAAGACCUCAUUGCAAGAUGUGUUUUCUCAGAAGGCGAGCGUCACAAUCUCGGGCCGUGCCGGGCCUCUAGCCAGGUACGUCAAGCAUUGCCGAGGUCACCAGGUCAAUCCUUUCCCUGUCACCGAAGCCGGGGUCUAUGCUUUCCUUCAAGACUAUGCAUCACACGAGGCGCCCACUUUCGCAAGGAGCUUCUUGAGCAGCCUUGCUUUUGCAAAGUUCACUGUGAGCUUGAAGGUGAGCGAUGAAGUCUUUAGCCCCAGGGUCCGUGGGCUGUCGUCGAAGCUAUAUCUUGACAAGAGAAAGACUCGACAGAAGCCAGCUCUUAAAGUUGAUCAUGUGCGCAAGUUGGAAGCCAUUGCAUCUGGUUCGAUCAAUCUCGAACCCGCAGAUCGGGUCGCUGCCGGCUUCUUUGUUUGGACCCUUUACGCACGAGCGAGGUACUCAGAUGCCCAGGCUGCAGGUGCAAUGACUUGCGACUUGAGUGAUACCCCAGAUGGCGUUGUGGGAUACCUUGAGGCUGCUGUUGAGCGAAGCAAAACUUCGUUUUCACUUGAAAGAAAGGUCAGGUAUUUGCACAUGUUCGCUCCCAUCCAGGGAAUAGGCGAGGUGCCCUGGGGUGUUAAGUGGUUUGAGUUCUAUAAGGUGCAUGGGCCUCCUUUGGGGACGGGUAAGCCCUUGCUUCCGAGUCCGCUCUCUGGAGGAGGGUGGCAAACGGCGCCGUUGGCGGUGGCAAGUGCCACGAAAUGGAUGAAGUCACUCUUGAUCCGUGCAGGAUGCGACAGGUCUUCUGUCGAACCGCUUGGGACGCACAGUCUCAAGGCGACGACCUUGAGUUGGAGCGCCAAAUUCGGAUUAGCCCGCGAGGUGAGGGCGGCCCUUGGUUAUCACGCCAGGGGCCGUGAUGGAACCGAGAUCAUCUAUGGGAGAGACAACAUGUCUGCUCCUGUGCGCCGGCUGCAAGAGGUCCUGCUCGAAGUGUCACGCGAAAGGUUCAUGCCGGAUGCCACCAGGUCCGGCUACUUCGUGAAGCGCUUUGGAGAGCCGGAGGGGAUGCCCAUUCCUCCUGACGAGGUUCUGUCGGAUUCUUCUUCCGAGGCCAGCGAGGAUGCCGAGGAUGUCGAUCAUGAAGCUGCGGAGGCCGCCGCCGAUGAGUUGGGGAGGCAAUGGGAGCCCGAUGCAGGCUUGCGGGCCGAGCUUGAGGCACUCACGCAUCGCAUUGUGUAUGCAUUAGAACAUGCUGACAUACUUCAUGUGACUUUUAAGCGGAUUGCUAGCCGGGUCCUUCUCCUGAAGAUGGCGAACUACUCUGAGAGCCAAUCGGUUCUGCAGUCACGAUUGAGCGUCGUGGGUUUCGCGGAAGGAGAUGUCCUGAAAAUUCUGCCUGAGGUGGGAAACUUGAGGAGGCUGGCUUUCAUUUCUUCUUUCACCCCUGGCCAGACAGACGAGGAGCCUUUGAUGAGGGUGUUGAAGGAUAUCUUGAAACGAGAUCUGACAAUCGCAGACAAGGCCAAUUGGCGUGCGGUGUACAAUGAGGCUUAUGCCAUUGUGACCGCGGAAAUGAAGCAGCGGAUCGAGAAGGCCGAUCCCGAGUCGACUGUCAGGCCAUUGUCGCAGCCUGAGAGGUCUGAGCGUUACGAGCGGCAGGCAAAGAAGCUUGUCGGAAUUUCGCUAAAGGGGCCUCUGGAGCCUGCCGAUGCACUUGUCGACCUUGCUGUGGCCUCCUACGAGGCGAAUGAGCUCAGGUACAUUCCGUGGGACCGGUGUGUGUCAAAGGAAGCUGAAUUGGCUGGCGAGAAGAAGCGAGAUGUUAGGUUCACGGUCGAAGAGUCCUCUGGCAAGCUUCGGAUUGAGCAUAAGCAGCCUGACUUGGUUGCGGAUACUUCAUCAGAGAUUCUUGUUCAGCAGGCCCUCACGAGGAGGUCUCUGGCCAUGGAUCAGGCGAACCUGAUCGAUUUCAGUGUCUCCGACCAAUGGACUCAGCGCUUGAUGAAGGCUCGCAUGCAGACACCUGCGGAGCAUUUUGUCAGGCCCACUUGGAAGCAGCUUGAGUCGGCGGAUCGGCAGCUGUUUGCCGAGCUUCGUGAUAAGACCAGGGCAGGAGUGCAGACCGUCGCAUCGGGUCGCCCGUUGGACACACUUCUGCCAGAUGCGAUGUACAUGAACGAAGAUGUUCCCCAGAAGCCGGAUGCUCCCAAGUGGGAGAGGCCAUCUCCUUACACCAAAGGUGGGGGCAAAGGAAAGAAAGGUAAGCAGAGGUUCAUGACAAGGUUGCCCGCCGGCUUGGAAGGCUGCAGGUCCCACACUAAUCGUGGGGACCCAAUCUGCUUUGCCUUCAACCUGGGAGGCUGCUCGACGAAGGGGCAGAAGUGCGAGAAGGGCUUGCACAUCUGUGCAGCGGCCGGUGCUCCAGAGAGUGUGCAUCAGCCGGCAGCGAGGACAGCACAGGUGGAUGAUCUCCGAGAGGGAGUUCAUCGGCCGAGCAAUGCAUGUGCGGGCGGCUCUCCUCCGAGUGGAGUGGAUUGUCGUCCGCAAUCAGGUGUUGAUCGAGAGGAUCAUCACGUGCACAACGUUGGCUCUCACAGUGCCAUCGCCAGGCCAUCACCAGGUGUGGUGGAGGCCGCACGCAGCAGGUCCCCGAAGCCCCGUGACGGGGCGGAGUCACGGAGCCGCACAGCAGGCUCUACACUUGACGAGGGUCAUGUGAGUGCCACCGAUGUUCUGCGAGUCUUCGAUGGUCUUCCUUCGGAUGCCUUGAAGAGGGGUGCCGAUGCACCUCUCCCAACUUCGAAAUCUUAUGCCACGGGAGCGUAUGUUCUUGGUGGUAAUGUGGGCCUGAAGGCCAAUGCCUCAGCCAACCCGGAGGCGCUCAAAGUCUUUGCAAGGUUUGUGAGACAGCGUGAUGUUCGCACUGAGCGCCAUCGUGAUCAGUGGAAUGCCAACUUGCAUAACUUGGCGAUUGCACUGACUGAAUUCUCAGGUGGAGCCAUCUUUGUGGAGCAUGAAAACGGUCGGGAUGUAUCCGACCUUAAUGGUGCCCGAGGCUCUCGCUUGCAGGUUGCAAAGGGCCCUGUCCGAUUCAAUGCCAGACACAAUUGGCACUACACCGAGGCGUGGCAGGGCCGUAGAGUCUUGCUGGUUGCAUUCACAAUCCGUCAUGUCGAAUCCCUAUGCAAGGAACAUCUUGACUUUCUCCGCGAGUGUCAUGUUGAUGUUCCGGAAUGCGCGCCCGAGGGCGCGCGGUUGGUGCCUGCAGAAGUGUGUGCUCGUCAGCCGCCAUCCUUGACCUCUACUGCAGCUCAGGAGUCGCUUAGGCCCUUGCCCGCUUCGGUUGUCCCCGCCGUUGGCCCUAAGGAACCUGUGAGCGACCCUGCUAGUCCCUUGAAGCCCGGUUCUGCUCUCUAUGUCGAGAUAAAGUGUGGGUCCGGGCUGCUGCCGGCUCGGGUGCGGCGGGACGGAUUCCAAAUCAUAGCGCUUGAACAUUCUCGCCCCGCUGGGCGAGUGCACACUCACCUUGUCCCUGUGGACAUUGAAACUGAGUCGGGUUUCUCCUUUGCGCAGACUGUCAUCAGCCAAGACGCCCCUUUUCACGUGCAUUUCUUUCCUGCGACCAAGGAUUGUUUUAAGGCUACUUUUAGCGCCGGGCAAACCAUUCGCCUCGCCAAACUCUUGCUUGCAUCUGAUUCGCAUUGGAGUGUCUUGCAUCCCCUGGCGUCAGCCCUGUGGAAACAGCUCGACUUGCCCGACAACCUCCAUUGCGUAGACUUCUGUGCAGGUUGCUACGGGGCUCCCUGUCCGGUCAAAAUGCGUCUGUGCACAACCCAGGCCGCGCUGGCUGGCAUGCCGGUGCCAGCAUGUCGUUGUCGCCCCGGGCCCCACGCUGCGGGCUCGCUUGCACCAGAUGUCUUGUACACACCCAAAUUCUGUGAUGUGUUUGCUGGCCUCCUGCAGCUGGCGGUUGGCCAGUCUGGCCUCUUACUUGAGCACGCUGUUCCACUGCAGAGUUCGCGGCAUUCUGCCGUCGCAGCCGCUGGGCGGCAGCCUCGAUUGUCAAAAUUCCAGCCGCAGAUCGCCGAGUUUAAGUGCCAGGCCACGGUCCGUGAGUUCCCGUGGCCCCUUCCUUUGGAUAAUAAAGGCAAUCUCACAUGUGCCGUAGGGUCCAUCCCUCCUGGCUCCCGCCUUCUUCGCGUUGUGUGUGAUCGGGGGGUCGUCGGUGCGAAACAGGUCGGAAGCCUGUCAGGUGUGCCUUCAGCAGUUACCUUUGGCAUUUACCGCACGGAACAAGAGUUUGUGGCUCAGGCAUUGCAUAUCGAUCAUCCCUUCGACUUGUGCGUGGCAGUCCCAGACUUCAUGUUGAGAGCGUUGGCUUUUACCUUGAAAGAGGGCCCGGUUGGUGUGAUGAAACACCGUCUGAAUUUGCUCCAGCAGUGGACUUCUUGGAAACGCGAUUUGGCUGGUGCCGAAGCAAAUCUGCAUGCUGCCAUGGAUCCUGGUGUAGCUUCUGUUAUGAAGGGCAAGAACAUCUUGCUUUUGGAGAAGAUUGCAUCGUCUUUCAGUUGGCCUGACACUGAAGUCUUCGAACACCUCAAGCAUGGGUUUCCUUUAGUGGGGGAGUCGAGUCCUUCUGGCAUCUUCGAUGUGGAUAGAAGACCGGCUCUGAUGACAAGGGCAGAGCUUGUGCAGCAUGCUAAAUUCCUUAGGCCUGCGCUGUGGGCGAAGGUGGCGAACGCGGAGGUGGACGAUUUAGCUCGGGAAGUGUGGGACUCCACACAGCAAGAGAUGCUAGUCAAGGAGUGGCUAACCGGGCCUUACUCGUGGGACGAGCUGCAAGCCCGUCAUCCAGAAGGCUGGCUUCCAGUGCGGAGGUUCGGCAUUGUGCAAAAAGCCAAGACGCGGUCGAUAGACGAUUUGGCCGAGAACUCUGUAAACUGCGCUUAUGCUGUUUCCGAUCGGAUUUCUUUGAGGGCCCUUGAUGAAUUGGUCUGGCUUGCGAUCACCCUCUUUAAGAUCUUCAUUGCAAAAGGCGAGGUGAGCAUCCCUUUGUCGGACGGUGACCAUCUUCGCUUUCCGGUGCAUUCUUUCUGGAGGGCCCUGAAGCCCGAUGCGCUUCAGCCGAGCUUGAAAACAGUGGACUUGAAAAGUGCUUAUAAACAGUUGGCGGUUUCUCCACGAGACCGCUGUCUGAGCAUAGUGGCCAUCAAGGACCCGGUUUCGGGGCUUGCGUUUGGCUUCGAGAGCCGAACCCUUCUGUUUGGGGCCACUUCGUCGGUGGUUUCAUUCAAUCGCGUUGCAAGAUUGCUCCAAAGAGUUCUGAUUGCGUUGCAGGUGCUCGCCUGCAACUACUUCGACGAUUACCCGGUGUUAGAGGUCUUGCCGCUUUGUAACAACACGCAGUCGACUGUCAGAGCCGCGUUGGACCUGCUGGGUUUCGCCUGGGCAGAAGAUAAGGAUCUUCCCUUCAGCCAUGAGGCCGAACUUCUAGGCGUUCGGGUUGACCUUGGUAGCUUUGGGGUAGUUAAGAUUGGGAAUAAGCCCGAACGUGCUACUGCCAUCGCUGAGGCGGUGGACUCCGUCUUGAGUGCGGGCCAUCUUGAUCCGAAGACUCUGCCGUCUUUGUUCGGUCGCCUCCAGUUUGCCGAGGGUCAGCUGCACGGGCGAUUGGGCAGAUUGGCACUGGCCGACCUUAGGGCGUGCACGAUGAGUUCUCAGGCCAAAGCCCUUGAUGCCACGGCUGUGCAGGCCCUUUGUAAUCUUAGGUCCCGGGUUCUUGGGGGUACCCCUAGGAUAGUCCCGGCCUGUGUGGGGUCUCGCCGUUCUGUGAUUUUCACAGAUGGAGCGUACGAGCCGACGAAUGAAACUCACCCCGCCACUGUCGGAGGAGUCUUGUACCAUUUCGACAACGGCGCGUGGUGCACUUUCUUCUUUGCAUGUGCUAUCCCUUUGAGCGUUGUACAGAGCUGGGAGGCUCUCGGGAAAAGGCAUUUGAUAGGCCCAGUUGACAUGUAUGCAGUGGUAUGUGCGAGAGAAGCGUGGUCGAAGCACUUGAACAUGCAGAGGGUGACCAUGUAUGUGGAUCACUCCGGAGUGUUGGCCUCUUUGGUGAAAGGCUCUUCAAAAGACCCUUUGUGGAGGCAACUCUUGCUGAUCUUUGAGAGCUGCGACGCUGAGGCGAUGCUCCCUUGGUUUAGCCGCGUUCCAAGUGCAAGCAACCCGGCCGAUCCUCCUUCGAGAGCUAAGUCAAUCUUUCCAGUCAGGGGGCAGGUGUGCAGAGUGUCGCCUCGAUGCCCGAUCAAAGGCAAUGCCACGAUUGAUCUCCUUCUUAAGUGA